CGACAGCUCCACCACUACCAACACCACCACAAUAACAGCCACGCGCCCAGUUGCUCUUCCGGGCUGCUGCACCGCUGCGCACUUCCGUCACCAUGUUCUGUUUGCGAGCUGCAGCCCCGGUUCAACCAGCCGUCGGCUGUUAUUGUUGCUGUCAAGCUCUCAGGGCCCGCACCCCUGCAGCGGCAUCCUCGUCCUCUGCGCCGCGUGUCCAAGCCGUCCCCUCCCGCUCGAGACUGUUAUUUCCGCCGCACGGAGAAUUUGGCCUCUCACUGGCCCGCGCAUUGCCCAAUCGUUUCCGACCUUUUUCAAUUGUUUCUGCACGUUGCACCUCCAGCGGCGCUCCGUGUCGAGCUAUCUAUCUCCCAGUCGCCAGCAGUCGUCAGAGCCUCUCAUAUCUCAUACCUCGUUCCGUCGUUAGAUCCAACCGCAUCCUCCCCCACGCUGUAUAAUGACCAACCCGAGCCAUCGCUUGCACCCAUUUUG